AUGUUGGGGAUCAAGUCCAUUCUCCUUUCUUGCCUCCUUUUCGGAGCAGUUCAAGGAAUCACUGCUCAACAGAAGCCCACUGAUCCGAAAGACCACAAGCCAACGAAUCACCUACACCUGGCAAAGCGUUCGGUGACAGACCAUGAUAAGCUUACUGAUCACCCGCAUCUUGCAAGACGUACGAUCGAUAAGCGUAGCAAACCGACUAUUCACCCAUAA